CUGGAACUGUGUUUUGAGCUGUGGUUCAGGGGGUCCAGAUGGCAGGCACGAGGGGCCCGGCCUGCACUGGAGUCUGGCUCUAGAGUCCACAGGGGCUCUUACUUCAACUGGACACAUUCCAAAGGACGUGUGCCCAUGAGGUCGUCACCACUGGUCCUGCUCCUCCUGAUCGGCGUCCAGGCUGUACUGAACAUGGGAGGUGGAUUGGCCCGGAGUGCCGGGCCUGCCAACCACAAAGCAGGACAGCAGACGGCAGCCAAUCAAAGAGCAGGACAGCAGCAGAGAGCAGCGGGGGACCACCUUUCUGAACACCACUCUUCACAGGAGCAUCAUAGGACCAGCCACCACAGGACCAAGAAGCACCAUCGGGCAGCUUCUCGCACCCAGGACAGGAGCCCUGUCGUCACGCACCCUACGUCCAAUUCCCCUCCUGACCCCUCCAUCCCAGUAGUGGACCCCAAGCUCUUCUCCAAGAGACGCUACCGCUCCUCGCCCCGCGUGGUCUUCAGCGAGGUGCUGCCGUCCCACGACGCCCUGGAGGGUGAGGGCUAUGACACUGAAGGGGUGCGGGGGAUGAGGGUGAGGCGCAGAGCAGGGUCGCACACCAUGCACCGAGGGGAGUACUCAGUAUGUGACAGCAUAAACACCUGGGUGGGCAACCUGACACAAGCCACAGACAUAGCCGGGAACGAGGUCACCGUGCUGCCCAACGUUACAAUCAACAACGUGGUGAAGAAACAGUUCUUCUAUGAGACCACCUGCCGAUACCCCACGCACAGAGGCUCCGGGAAUGCAAAUGGGGGGCGGCCGGGGGGCCGGGGAGGCAAGCAGGGCUCCAAGUCGGGCAACUCGGGCUGUCUGGGCAUCGACAGUCGCCACUGGAACUCCUACUGCACCAACACACACAUAUUCGUAAGCGCCCUGACCAUCUUCAAGGAACGGACAGCCUGGCGUUUCAUCCGCAUCAACGCCGCGUGUGUGUGUGUCCUCAGUCGGAAGUCCUGGGGGGGGCGAGUGGGGCACUGA